AGAUCCAAGAGCAAGAUGAAACUGGGAGUCGCUUUGUGCGUUUUGGGGCUGGCGGUGGCCAUCGAGGGGUUGAGCGAAGAGCAGAAGAAGCGGCUGGAGGAGUACUCCAAGGAGUGUCUUGAGGUCUCCAAGGUGGAGGAGGCGGUGCUGAAGGAGGCAGAGAAAGGGGUGUUCUUGGAUGAUCCCAAACUGAAAGUGCAUGCGCUGUGUUUCUCGAAGAAAAUUCACAUGCAGAACGAGAAAGGAGAAAUUCAAGUUGAUGUCAUCAAGGAGAAACUGACGAGUCAGAUCAAGAGUGCGGAGGAGGUGGAGAAGGUCGUGAAGUUGUGUCUGGUGCAGAAAGACACCCCGGAGAAUACGGCAUUCGAGGGGCUGCAGUGCCUCCAGAAAAACGUGCCAAAAGAUGUUGUGCUUUUUUAAAGGCUGU